AUGCCUCUGUCGGCAAGAACUGUUCAUGAUCGUACCAUCGUGAUGGCAAACAAAGUGGAGGAAACGCAAGUGAAGGACAUAAAUGCAGCGCCGUUCUUUUCCCUGGCUUUGGAUGAGUCAACAGACGUGAGCCAUUUGUCGCAGUUCAGCGUGAUUGCAAGAUAUGCUGUUGGUGACACACUGCGCGAAGAAAGUCUUGCAGUUCUGCCAUUAAAAGGGUCCACAAGAGGUGAGGAUUUAUUUAAGUCUUUCAUGGAGUUUGCUCAAGAAAAAAAUCUACCUAUGGAUAAACUUCUCUCAGUGUGUACUGAUGGUGCUCCGUGUAUGGUGGGUAAUAAAAAAGGAUUUGUGGCGCUUCUCCGUGAACAUGAAAAUAGACCCAUCCUAAGUUUCCAUUGCAUUCUACACCAGGAGGCACUUUGUGCUCAGAUGUGUGACAGGCAGUUUGGGGAAGUGAUGUCGCUGGUCAUUCGUGUGAUCAACUUUAUUGUUGCUCGAGCCUUAAAUGAUCGCCAGUUUAAAACACUGCUGGAUGAAGUUGGAAAUAACUAUCCUGGUCUGCUUUUGCACAGCAAUGUGCGUUGGUUGUCAAGAGGGAAGGUGCUUAGCCGUUUUGCGGCUUGCCUGAAAGAAAUCCGGACUUUCCUUGAAAUGAAAGGCAUCGAGCAUCCUGAGCUAGCCGAAACUGAGUGGCUCCUCAAGUUUUACUAUCUCGUAGAUAUGACUGAACAUCUGAACCAGCUCAACGUGAAAAUGCAAGGCAUUGGAAAUACAGUGUUAUCCCUUCAACAAGCUGUGUUUGCUUUUGAAAACAAGCUAGAACUUUUCAUCAUGGAUCUUGAAACAGGUCGUUUACUACAUUUUGAAAAACUGAGCCAAUUUAAAGAUGCAUACACAGCAAGUGAGCCUAUUCAAAACUUUGAUCUCCACCAGCUAGCUCGCUGCACAUCCAGUCUCCUACAGUCCUUCAAAGCACGCUUUGGAGAAUUUCGUGAGCACACUCGUCUUUUUAAGUUCAUCACCCUUCCAAACGAGUGUUCACUGAACACAGCCGACCUGAGUUACAUUCCUGGUGUCUCCGUCAGAGAUUUUGAAGCAGAAGUGGCUGACCUGAAGGCCUCAGACAUGUGGGUGAAUAAGUUCAAGUCACUGAAUGAAGAUUUGGAAAGAAUCACACGACAGAAAGCGGAGUUGGCGAGCAAGCACAUGUGGACAGAAAUGAAAAAACUUCAACCCGAAGACCAGCUGAUUCUCAAAACUUGGAACGCGCUUCCUGUCACAUACCACACACUGCAGCGUGUGAGUAUUGCUGUAUUGACCAUGUUUGGAUCUACGUAUGCAUGUGAGCAGUCAUUCUCACAUCUUAAAAACAUCAAGUCCAACCUACGAUCACGUUUAACGGAUGAAAGCCUCAACGCUUGCAUGAAGCUUAACCUCACCAAGUACCAACCAGACUACAAAGACAUCAGCAAAUCCAUGCAGCACCAGAAGUCGCAUUAA